AGCAAAUCUACUCACUCAAACAAGACAGGAAGCGUCAUGGCGAACUUCGGCGGAUCACACUUUUGUAUUGCUAGUAAAGGCAUCGAGUUGUUUACUUUCGGCACACCAAACGGCUUCAAGAUCGCAAUCUUCCUUGAAGAGCUUAAAGCCGCCUACGGGCUCGACUAUAUAAGCCAAACCAUCGACAUUUUCAAGAAUGUCCAGAAAGAACCCUGGUUCACCAAGCUCAAUCCAAAUGGUCGCAUCCCUGCCAUCGUCGAUCACGAUAACGACGAGUACGUUGUUUUCGAGGGCAUGGCGAUCCUCAACUACCUUGCGCGACAAAAAGAUACAGAAUUCAAAUUCAGCUUUGCGGAUGAGCUUGAAGCGUGUACCGCGGAGCAGUGGAUUGCCUGGCAGCACGGUGGUCUGACUCCUAUGCAAAGCCAAGCAAAUGUCUUCUAUCGUUUCAAUCCGGAGCGCUACGCAUUUCCCACGCAGCACUUUGUAGGUGAAACAGAGAGGAACUAUGGCAUCCUGAAUUCCCGCCUUGCAGACCGGGAUUACAUCGCUGGUUCUGGCCGCGGGCAGUACAGUAUCGCAGAUAUGGCGAUCUGGCCGUUAGCCGAUGCAUUGAACGUUUCUGGUAUUGAGUUGAGCAGGUUUCCGAAUGUUUACGCUUGGUGGGAACGCGUGGGAGAACGGCCAGCGGUGAAGAAGGGUGUGUGCGUGCCUAGUGGCGAGUCGUUUGCGAGGGGACAUGCGAAGGUGCAGGAGGCGAAGGAGUUGGACUUGAAAGCAUGGGAGGAGAGGGAGGGACCGCUAAAGGAAGCGCUGGAGAAGGCACAAAAGGAAUUUGGCUAUGUGUACAAGAGCCCCUAAGCGGGAAGCGCAAAUGUCGAACUUACGCGGAUACAAAGUUCAGGGCGUAAUUGAAGGGCAUAG